AUGGUCCCGGCGGACGCGUUUUCGUUGCAGAUGUCCAGUAUCUCCUUCCCGCCGUGCAUGCGCGUGUUAUACCAACGUCUUUGUGAUGAUCAUCAUCUACGGAACGGGGGCCGCUUGCAGCUCGGUCUUUUCCUGAAAGCUAUCGGUAUGCCGUUGGAUGAAUCGUUGCAAUUUUGGAAGUCACAUUUUGCGCCCCGAUUUGACUCCAGCGCGUUUGAGAAGAACUACGCAUAUAAUGUUCGUCAUAUCUACGGCAAAGAAGGCAAGCACGUCGCUUAUAGUCCAUGCAGUUGUUUUAAGAUAAUCACUACCAACCCUCCUGGACCGCUAGAUGCUCACGGCUGUCCGUUCAAACAUUACGACAUCGACGGUUUGCAGCAUUUGCUGAGCAGCUGGUCAAUUGGUUCCGAAGACGUUGAUAGAGCAUUAUCGUUUGUGAGGACUAAGCAUUAUGAUCGGGCAUGCUCUAGCGUAUUCGAAGCCACUCAUCAGCUACCGGAAUCGAGCCUUAGUCAGUUGAUCAGCCACCCAAAUCAGUACUUUGACCAGAGUCAGAAACUUUUUAAAAGCCGUGCUGAAGGUGCCCACGACCCGGCGGCUACUUCGCAGACCGACGUGCUUCUUUGA